AUGUCGUUCCUAUUUGACGCUUGCCAAAAAGGAGAUGUUGAACAGGUUAAAUUUCUAAUCGAACGACAAUGCGAUAUCGAUCAAGUAACGGAAGAAGGUCGAACAGCACUUCACUAUUGCUGUGAACAUGAAACUAUUGAUUGUGCGAAAAUUUUAUUAGAAAAUGAAUCGAUUAAAAAUUCAAUUAUUAAUAGGCAAGAUAAUGAAGGCUUUUCAGCACUUCAUUUAGCUUGUUUGAAUGGAAACGCAGUUAUGGUCAAAUAUUUAUGUGAACAACAGGGCGAUGUGAAACUAGUUGAUUAUGAAUCACAUUCUAUUUUUCAUUGGGUUACAGUCUGUGGUCAUAUUGAUCUUUUCGAUAUUCUUGUUCAAUAUCAAGCACCGAUUCAUACAUGUGACAUUUAUGGAGCGUUUCCAAUUCAUUAUGCAUCACAAUUAUGUGGCAAUAAGGAGCCAGUUAAAAGAUUGGCUAUUUUGAACAAAAUAAUUGAUAACAAUGCAGAUGUCGAUUGUUUGGAUGAACAAAAACGAACGCCAUUUCUUUGGGCAGCAAGUGCAAAUGCGACUGAUGCUUUACGAACUCUAUACAAAGCUGGCGCCAAUCCGUUACAUGCUGAUAAAGAUUCUCUAACUGCACUUCAUUGUGCAGCAACUUGUGGACAUAUAUCAUGCAUUCGUAUGCUAGUCGAAUUAUAUGGAUGUCCACUAGAAAGCGAAGAUGUGAAUGGUUGUACAGCUUUAUUUUAUGCAAUUACACUUGAACAUUCGAAUGCUUGUCGAAUUUUACUAGAUUUAAAAGCUAAUCCGAAUCAUAAAGAUAAUCGUGGAAGAACGCCAAGUCACUGUGCUGCAUUAAAAGGAAAUAUUGAUUGUUUGAAAUUUCUCAUAGAAUACAAUGGUGAUAUUUGGGUAAAAAAUAAACGUGGUGAUUAUCCAAUACAUGAAGCUAUUAAUGCCGUGUCACUUAGUAAACUGCGCAAUCAGAACAAUGAUCAAUUACAAUUACAAAAAGGAUGUUCUGAUGUUGUUCGCUUUAUACUUCAAUUGUACCCGAAGAAAAUUAACAUACAAAAUGAUGAAAAUAGAAGUCCUCUGCAUUUAGCUGCUAGCUUAGGAGAUAUUAACAUGUGCAACGUAUUAAUUGAAUGUGGAGCAAGAGUUAAUUCAUUUAUUCAAACAUCAGCAGGUAAUUUUCUAACAGCGUAUGAUCUCGCUCGUAUUCGUCAUCAAAAUACUUGUGCUGAAUAUCUUCUGAGUAAUUACGGUGGUCAACGCGGCAAUUUACUAGCCAAUAUUUUCGCUCGACGCAUUCAAAAAUCGUUUCGACAGUAUAAAAUGAAAAAAUCUUCAAUUGAAAAUGAACAUCAGAAACAAUUGGUUGUGACAAAUCAAACAGAUACGAAUAGAAAUUCUUCUGCAUCCGAAGAAUUAUCUUCUCGUUCAAACAUUAGAAAAAUUUCAAUCAUAAAAUCAACCAAUCAUUUAUUAAAUCAAGCAAAUGUAUGUUUACAUAAUAAAAUGAUUGAAGAUCAUUUUAAAGAGUUGAAAAUAAAUAUACCGAAACUUGAAACAUAUGUGAGCAAUAGUUCGAAAGCAGAAAAACAUUCGGCUCGACAACGCCGCAGUUUAUUUGCCGAAUCAAAAGGAACAAUGACAUCCAUCAAUCGAAGUGAUGAUCAAGAAUCGACUCUACCGAAACGAAUAAUAAUUCAUGCUUCAAGUUCCAUAGCAACAUCAGUUAGACUCUAUGAACGACAUAAAUUAAUUGCUGAAGAAUUAUAUAAAUUUAAAAAAGCUCGAAUUCAUAAUACUUCUAUCGUUAUCAAUCGACAAUUAUAUAAAAUUUUAAUUGAAAAUGCGUUCGAUCCUCAUAGUCGAUGUGCCACUGAAAUCGAAGAAUAUCUUGAAAAAUUAUUAAAAGCUUACGAAACUGAAUUAGAAGCGAUACGAAAGCGUACUAAAAGCGUUCCUCCAAUACGUGUACAUAAUUGUUCACAAAGAAACAAUCCAGUUAAAUUAUCUAUGGAAGACACAGGAAUAGACAAUAACAUCGAUGAUAAAACAGUCGCUAGUAAAACUACUGAGCGACGUUCUACCAAAACGAAAUCAGCUCCAAAAGCGCUAACAGACGAAACGGAGAUACCAGUGAAAAGUACUGAAAAAAAACGAAAAGCACCCAAAACACCCACUAGUACCACAGAUACUAAUGAAUACGAGGAAAUCUAUGAAUCUAAAGCUCAAGAAACUCCCGAAAUCAAGAACAAAACUGAAGAAACUUCUAUUCAAGAUCAAGAAGUUUCAAUUAAAUCAAAGAAAAAACGAGCACCAAAAAUCGAAACAGCCAAUGAAACUAAUGAAUUAGUAUCAACUGACGAACCUAUGAAAAAGAAAAAAUCCAAAGCGCCAAAAGCUUCUACAAUUGAUGAUAAUGCUCCACAAGAGAUUAACACUCCAUCUCUAGACACACUAGAACCAUCUACUGAAAUUAAAUCUAAAGAGAAAAAAACUAAAAAAUCAAAAUUACCAUCGCAACCACCAGCACUAUCCGAUUCAUUUGAGAAUUUACAAGUUACCAAUCUCGAUGAUAUAUAUUCACCAUAUUCAGACACAAAUGAUGCUAUCCCUAUUCUUGAUAAUGAAAAUCUACCACCACCUGAGAAUACGGCCAGUGAAUACACACAAGAAAUCUUAAACUCCUACAAUGCUCUCGCAGCCAACGUUGACUUUUCUCGAUAUGUUGGCGAUGAUCAAUGGCACCUUAUGCAUUUACCAAAGUCAGCUCGUGUAGAAUCAAAAUCACUUAUGCGCAAAAUUUUACCCGGUGGUCAUAAUAAAGAUGAAAAGCAAGCGAAAAAAUCGGCGGCUCCAAAAGGUAGCAUAUUCAAUCGUAUUCGUGCCGGUGUAAGUACUCUUGUCGGUGAUGAAAAGAAUUUAAUUUUUGGUGAACAGUCAAAAUAUGAAAUGGUUGAAUAUGAGGAAGAAGACGAUGAGGUUGAUACUGAUGAUUUAAAUCGUUAUGCACAAAAACUACGUGAACUCGAAGAUCACGAUCGUGAAAUAAAUCCCGAAUUUUUAGUUAUUGGCAACGGAAAAGCAGUUUAUGGCGUACAUGAAGCCGAUACGGAUGGCAAAGUCAAAUUAGCCUCACGUAAACCGAUCUAUGACCGUUUUGCUGAUCAAACAGUAAAUGAGCAAACGGAAAAAAGACGACUUUUAUCUCGUUUAAAACUUCCGUUUGGUCGAAAUAGAGAUAAAGAUGGAAAAGAAAGUAAAUCAGCGAAUGGCACACCAAAUACGGAUAAAAAUCGAAAAGCCACCGACGAUGAUAGAACUGCAGUGACAAUAGAUGACAAUCCAUUGAUGAAUUCGAAAGCUACUCUAUUAUUAGGCGUAUAUGAGUCUUCGCUUCCAUAA